UCCCGAGGAUAACUGUAGACGAAACUGCAAGUACAAGUGCCUUCAAGACACGAUUUUCGUUCUGGGUCUUUGCUGGAGCUUUGUGUGAGUUUUAUUUUUUCCUUCUUUUAGUAUGUCAUGGUCAUCGUGGAGCACUUGAAAGUUGAAACAUACCCAGCAUAGCAAUGAUGGAGUCUGUUUGAAGGUUUCUGGUGACUAUGGGCACUGCAGUGAAUUCUCUAAGCAGGAUUGGCGAUCGAUCUACUAGUGAUGUUCUUGCAAGGCUAAGGACACCUGAUGGCCGUGAUGAGUGGAUAUACUGCCAUUCCCACAUUCUUAUUGAAAAGAGCAAAUAUUUUGCUGAUCGUUUAUCUGAGAGUUGGCCCACAUGUCAGAUUCUCGAUUCUCGCAAUUGUGUUGAGAUCUAUUGCCAAGAACAUGAUUUUGAUUACCACAUCACCGUCUUACGACUCUUUUAUGUCAGUAUUGGGUGUUCUGUAACUGAUAUGUGGCAUGGUGUAAAAAACGCCCUUGGCAUUCUCCAAGUGGCAGUUGAGCUUGGCUGCCCAGAAAUUGUUGCUACCUGUGUCGAGUAUCUGGAAGCAUCUCCUUGGGAGGAGGCCGAGGAGGAAGAGAUUUUGAAAAUUAUUCCUGGCAUGGGUUUGUUAGCAGAACCAAUCCUUUCACGCCUCCAGCCUGUAAAUCCGCCUGCUAUAGUUAAGAUUUUUCUCUCGGCCACUAAGUUUGCCACAUCAUCACUGCCACCAACGAUGAGUGAUUUGAAAACCUCGGCUCAGGAACAGAUAGAAUACAUGCUUACGGAAGAUGAUGAUGCUCCAUUGCUAACAGCUGAUGAAGAGAUCAAAUCUAAAGUGAGACAAUGUUUCAAAGGACUAUUAGCCAGAUUCAAUGACAUAGUGAAAUCAGCUUGUGAAACGGGAGAACUGCAUCCGUUUCAAUGCAUUUUGGUAGAUAUGUCUUGGGCUUGUCAGAUAUUGACCAAAUUGGAAAUAAUAAAGGAUUUUGUCGAGAAUUGGAUAGAGGUGUCAGAAAACAUAGUGAAGGCUGUUCAACAGGUAAGUCAACAAGAUGAAAUGCUCGAGACAAAGCUAAAGGUUAUUGAGGUAGCUUCUAAGGUUUUAGAGGCAAUAGGAUAUGGCAAUGUAAUUUUUCCUACUGCAAAACGGCUUCAUAUGGUGAGAAUUUGGCUUCCAUUUGUGAGGAUUAUGAAGCCUAUGAUUGACUCUCUAGCAACUGAGGACAAUGACUGUUCAGUAAUUAAAAUGGAUGGCGAGAUAUGGCAAUCUUUGGAGUCUGCAUUUGUUUCUAUAAUUCUUGCAUUGCCAUCUGGAGAGCAAGCGUCGAUUUUAAGUGAAUGGUUAGAAAACAAGCAUAUUCGGUAUCCGGAUCUUACAGAGGUAUUUGAGGUGUGGUGUUACCGAUCCAAAGUUGCCAAUAGAAGACUUGCACAUAUAAGGGGCUCCAAUGGUACAAUAAAAAUGCUAUGACCCUUCUCUUCUUUGUCAACUAGUCUGCUGACAAAGGUGCCUCAUUUUUCUCAUGGCCGUAGACAACUAAAACUUUAUUUCAAGCGUCUAAGCCAGAGUCUUGCGGAAGUGCAAAUGUAAAGCAAAUAAGGCGGUCUAAUUCGGUGUUACAUGUUGAAAUUUAACUCAACCUGGUUACUAAAUCCACAAUCUUUUAAUUCUCUGUUACCAUUUAGUUAUCUUUUCUGUAUUUACUACUUUGUUUGUAUGAACCAAAUAUAUUUUGUUCAACUAUGAUUUA